AUGCGGAAAGCUUUAAUAUUGAGCUUACUUGCCAUCGUAGCUCUUGCUGCUCCAAACGACACAAUCGAAAUUUCAAAAAAAAUGGCGGCGAUAAAUAUUAAUAGAAGUGAGCCUCUAUCGACGUCGACCAGUGAACAAAAUGUUCAUAGCGAAACGGAACCAUCACACGGGGUUAAGGUUGCUAGUUUCAAAUGGGAUUAUGUCAAGGAACCUCUUGUGCUUACAUUUUUCUUCAUUAUUAUUGGAAUAUUCAAACUAGUAUACCAUCAUACGCGAUACACAAAAAAACUCUUACCGGAAUCAUGUCUUCUGAUUCUGCUUGGAAUGCUACUGGGAGUCAUUUUCAUAGGGGACAAAACCCAUGAAUCUAUCAAAUUUCUGGAAUUCAAUUCUAAAACAUUUUUCUUUUUCUUGCUACCACCUAUCAUCUUGGAAUCAGCCUAUUCCCUUAAAGAUAGAGCGUUCAUUGAAAAUUUUGGAACAAUCGUACUUUAUGCUGUCGUGGGAACUGUUCUCAACAUCGUUCUAAUUGGCGGCAUGUUACUUCUACUCGGUGCAAUUGGUUUAAUAGGAGGAAUGAAUCUCUCCGUUCUUGACACAUUUGUAUUUGCAUCCCUUAUUGCUGCCGUCGAUCCUGUUGCGGUUCUCGCAGUGUUUCAGGAAGUUGGGGUCAAUAAAAUGCUAUAUUUCAUGGUGUUUGGAGAAUCCCUACUGAAUGAUGCUGUUACUAUUGUUUGCUACAAUUUGGCCAUUGAAUUUCAAGAGCUUCCCUAUUUUUCGUUUGUCGAUUGCGUCCUCGGAUUUCUGGCAUUCCUUUGCGUCUCCCUUGGUGGCCUUUUAAUUGGAAUUGUAUGCGGCGUGAUUUCUUCAUUUAUAACAAAAUUCACUCAAGAUGUUCGAGUUGUCGAGCCUGUUGUUAUUUUCGGAAUGGCAUAUUUAGCUUAUCUUAUUAGCGAAUUAUUCCAUUUCUCCGGAAUCAUCGGAUUAAUUGCUUGCGGUUUGUUUCAAACACAUUAUGCAUGUUGCAAUAUUUCCUACAAAUCGUUUUCAAGUGUAAUGUAUUUUACAAAAGUUAUGAGCUCACUCUCGGAAGCUUUGAUUUUUAUUAUUCUUGGAGUCAUGUUGGUCAAUGAGCAAGAAUGGUUCUGGGAAGAUUGGCAUCCGAUAUUCUCAUUAUGUUCCGUUAUACUGUGUGUCCUUGUUCGGUUUGCUGUCACGUUUUCGUUGACAUAUGUUGUGAAUCAGUUUACUGGUGGCGUCCGUCAUAUCAGUUUUCAAGAGCAGUUUAUAAUGGCUUAUGGCGGUCUCCGCGGAGCGGUCUCCUUUUCAUUAGCGUUCAUGAUUACUUCAAACGAUGAUGUGAAAAACACGAUCCUGGCAGCUACUUAUAUGGUUAUACUGUUUACGGUCUUCAUCCAAGGUUCCACAAUGAAAGUCUUGGUAAAAUUGCUUAACAUUAACCUUGCUGGAAAAGAUAAUAACUACCGCCUUUUCUUGGAGUUCAAUAAGGGCAUGAUUCAACAUUUAUCACAAGGAAUUGAAGAUCUCUGUGGCUAUAAGAAUUACAACUGGAUUAAUCAAAGCAGCGAAAUUUCGAAAAGAUAUAUUCGACCAAUAUUGGAGAAGAAUUACGUUCCAGAAUUAAAGUCCGAGGGCAAAUUAGUCCAAAUGGAUAGGGCUUAUACAAUGAGAGAAGCAAUGAUCAAUAGUCCCUCGCAAAGCUCGUUCAAGAGGCAGCAAACAAUUGACGAGUUUGCCGAUGCUGGGGUCCUUCCACUUGAUAUGCUGGAUGAUGAGCGUUUCACUGCACCCAUUUCUCGAGAGGAAAUUGAAAAACAAACUGAAGCCCUCACGAAAAACGUCGAAUCAAUUCGGCAACUUUUGAGCAACCCAUUCGAAGAGUGUUAUCUCGAUCGCAAUCUGACACACGAGGAAGAAAAAGAGAAGAAACGCAUUGAGCAUGUGAAAUUGUUGCAAAAUCGAGCAAACAGCAUUUCAGGAGUAAAGAAAAAGAAGAACAGAAUGUUUGGAAGAAAGACAUCCGUCAGGACAAAUGCCACAGAACAAGGACUCAUUCAUUCAGCAAUUGCGGCAAUUGGUAUUCAGUCAGUUCCACGUCAGCAGCCUACUUCAUCAGGAGGUGACCCAGAUGAUGCCGGUCUUUCUAUGACAACAAAUGAGGACCAUCCUCUUAUGACGAUCACAGAGACCGAUGAAACAGCGUGCUAA